AUGACUAUCCUCAUUUCUCACCUUUCCCUUCCUUCCUUCCUUCCUUCCUUCCUUCCUUCCUUCCUUCCUUCCUUUCCCCUACCGUCCUUUCCACUUCCUUCCUUCCUUCCUUCCUUCCUUCCUUCCUUCCUUCCUUCCUUUCCCCCUUCCUUCCUUCCUUCCUUCCUUCCUUCCUUCCUUCCUCCUACCAUCCUUUCCCCUUCCUUCCUUCUAUUUCCUUCCUUCCUUCUUUCCUUCCUUCCUUCCUUCCUUCCUUUCCCCUUCCUUCCUUCCUUCCUUCCUUCCUUCCUUCCUACCAUCCUUUUCCCCUUCCUUCCUUCUAUUUCCUUCCUUCCUUCCUUCCUUCCUUCCUUCCUUCCGACAUUUCCCUUCCUACCUUCUCUUUCCUUCCUUCCUUCCUUCCCUCCUCCUCCCUUUCCCUUUCCUUCCUUCCUUCCUUCCUUCCUUCCUUCCUUCCUUCCUUCCUUCCUUCCUUCCUUCCUUCCCAACCUUCUCUUCCCUUCCUUCCUUCCUAGAUUCCUUCCUUCCUCUCCUUUUCUUUCCCCUUCCUUCCUUCUCUUUCCUUCCUUCCUUCAUUACCCUACCUUCCUUUCCCUUUCCUUCCUUCCUUCCUUCCUUCCUUCCUUCCUUCCUUCUCUUCCUUCUUCCUUCCUUCCUUCCUUCCUUCCUUCCUUCCUUCCUCUCCUUUUCUUUCCCCAUCCUUCCUUCCUUCUCUUCCCUUCCUUCCUUCUUUCCUUCCUCCUUCCUUCCUCUCCUUUUCUUUCCCCUUCCUUCCUUCCUUCCUUCCUUCCUUCCUUCCUUCACCCUAGCUUCCUUCCUUCCUGCCCCCACCCUCCCUUCAUUCCUUCCUCCCUUCCCUGCUGUUCCCUUCAUUUCUUCCUUCUUCCCUUCCCUCCUCCUUCCAUCAUUCCUUCCUUACUGCACUCCUCCCUCCCUCCCUUCCUUCCUGUCUGCCUCCUUUCCUCCUUUCCUUUCUUUCUUUCUUUCUUUCUUUCUUAUUCUAAUUUCCUUCCUACUUUUUUUCAUUUAUUGUUCCAACAUUUACCUUUCUUUUCCCAUCUUUUUUUCUAG